UCUCUCCCCUCUCCACGGUUGGGAAGCUAGGGUCUGUGAAGUGCUAGGUUAGGUUAAAGUUUUUCCAUUAAAUUUUUAUGAUCUUCUAUAUUAUCAUACAGUAGGGAGCACGAUAUGAUACAAGUGGGGUCCAAAGGUGAGAGUGGGCACGCGCAAUUUUACCGGAGAAAAUAGCAGGUUUCAUACCAAGAUGUUCCAGUGUGGGAAAAUUCCCAAAAAUACCGACUACCCAUAGAACCACUGAAAGAAGCAAUGACAUCAUAUAUAUUCAAAUUUCCAUCCGGUUCUCAGCUCUGGAAUAGCAGUAUUAUACACAGUUGAGCCUUCAAAUUCUCUACAGCUGCUACUCUUCUAGAAAUUUAAAUCCAUUUUAGGUUAUAGUGUUGAAGUCCGCAUCUUUUCCGAACCACUCUACCCCAGGUAUCAAGUUAACUCAUUUUGAAUACAAGUGUUGGCACUGGAAUCAGCAUGGGUGAUUGACCAUUUUCGGUGUUGGCCAAGUUGUGCCCACCCAUGUUCCGGGUCCCACUUGCGCAGCACAAGCAACCUUUUCCGAAAUUCUGGGUAUUCUCAUCGUACCGUAUGGCGGCCUGGUUGUUCCUACUCACUUCUUGACCGGACUCAAACUCUACACAAGCACUGUAUCAGGGGCCACGGAGGGGGGGAUUUGCGUCGCAACCAACCCCACCCGAGGUCAACUCUCAUCCGUCUAGAACUGCUGUUCUAAGUAACUUCGACACGGUAUGGAAUUCGCCCAUUCGGCGAGCACCUCAAAUCCAAUUACCAUGCAUUUCUCCGGUGUGUUGCCUGAUGGCCUACCGGUACUUCUUCUAUUUUACCAUCCGACCUGCAUCCGAGUGAUUGAUUGAUUAAUAACAAGCUGUUAGGGUGGGGAUGCCGGUACGUCAACGCGCCGGUAGAUUGGUUGCUCUAUAUUCACAAAGCCGCAAGACCUAACAGGCCGGUGCUGGAGCUUGUAUCGUCGGUGGGGGGGGUAGGUUUUUGCUUGCCGGUACUUGUAACAACGGACGAAGGCACGUCCAGAGCGGUAAGCUCCUUAACGCCUUAUACUGCCCCCUUUAGAGCUAUGUGCGCUGGGUUAUCGAAUCGAAUCUCCGCGACUCGAGCGAGGACAAAAUUAUUGGAACCCCACCAUGUGGGCGAUUCGAGCAAAGUUCAGGGCAGUGAAUGAUUAAGACCCCGUGAAACCCCCCCCCUCGAGAACUCGCAGCCGAUGCGGUGCAGGGCAGUAUUCUACACACCGCCCGCAGCCAAUUUAGGAACAGUGUGGGAGAAAGGGUUGGGAAGUGUAAAAAAAUUUUCUGUUGUGUGUGGCACUUUGGGCGACUUUCUUCCUUCCCCGCAAGGUGUUCGAUUGACAAGGGAGGCAGGAGGAAUGAGGCAGGGGAAGGGAGGUGGGGCCACAGAAUGGCAUACCGUAAACCGGUAGUCUACUGGAGAUGCGGUAUGUGGGAUGCGUGUAAAAUCACUGGUGUUGUACUCGGGCACCGAAGGGUGCAGUGCAACCAACGGUGGGAGGAAAGAAAAAAAAUCCCCCACUGCAGUCCAAUUGAGAUUCUGGUGAAGAGAUGUUCGAUACCGAUCUGCCCGUGACAGCGGAUAGGCUUGUAGGGCAAUCGGGUGUACUGGACAAGUUUGCAAAAGAGGAGACAGGGGAGAGGAAGAUUUCUUUGACGACACGAGUCCCCUGUGAGGGCUUCAAUUCUUUCUUUCCCAAGUGUCUGUUCAUUUCCCUGGUGUUGUAUAGUACAAGUUACGGUACUGCCUUUGAUGCAAUUGUCUCGCCAAGGGUUAGGGAACCGAUGGCGCACUCCACUCAUGCUGUAUUGUACUUGCACUUGUACUGUAUUGGUAUCAUACUUGUACUCGGGCAUCUGUGUAUCGACAGUCUAGCUAUUCUGGGGAGCGGGGGACAAUAAAGUGGCAGUUACUUGUUGGGUGGUUGGCACACUCUUGGCAGGGAAUUUGGAAAGAUUUUCUUCUUUCCCGGAAAUCUCUCGUCGCCCUUCCGAGCUCCAGUUACCCACACAAAAAGCGGUGGUCCCUGCCUCUUGUGCGUCAACUUUUCUUCUCUGAUCUUCGUUCCUUAUAGUUCGCUCCUCUUCCUACUCCACUUGUGUGUGUGGCCGUCUCAAUUCUUUCCCGCAUUUUCUCUUUCGUCUCCCGGGUUGGCUUUCACUGAAUCAAAGGCAAUCUAAUCACCUCUCUCCUCCCUCCUCCCCCGCUUGUCUUCACCCGAGGAUUCAGCAAGUUAGAGAGUCCCUGCAGAUAAUUUGAUAACCCGUCCCUCGGUUUAAGCAGGGACAAACAAUCGGCCAGCGUCAUCACCAGCCAGUGGUGCAUGCACAGCGCUAAGAGACCGGCUGGGUUGUGUUGCGAAGGGAUCUCGUAGGGAAUUUCUUUUACUACCCACCGAACAAUCAAGAACGAGACUCGGACAAGGCCUCAUCACGGCGAAUCUUGACUCGCAAGAGGAGGAAUUGUCAAUUGUUUUGGGAAGUCAGGUCUGAACAUCUGGUGAUCCGAUCCGAGUAAAUUGGAGAAACGGAGUCAACGAAGAGCCUCUGGUUAAAGCGUCGUGGUCGUUGUUUGCUAGAUCGUGUUUGCGGAGAUAGAGAGAGAGAGCUGUGAAAGGUAAUUUUUUGUUUCCAAAGUUCAUUGUAUUACGGGUACUUACUUGCCCCCUUUCCUUCCGGUGGUCACUUUUUUUUUUUCUUCUUCUAUUUUUCCUUUCAAGCCCUGGGACCCCAUCUUUGGUACCCUGCCUUUCCACAAAAAUUACUCUUGACUGCUCAUUUCCUCUAACCCCUCGUCAGACCCUGGAGUUUGUUUUCUCCUUCCUUUCAUUUCCUUUACCCCGAACUCCCACCGCCCCCCAUUCGUUCUGCAGAUAGUAUCAAUCGCGGGAUAGUUUCUCAUUUGAAUCUACCGGUCGUAGACAUAGUUCAAAAUUCCACCUGGCAUCAUGGUCCACAUAGCUCCUAAGCUUGCGGCAGAGCACGAGAAGAAUGGGAAGCCCACAUUCUCUUUCGAAUACUUUGUUCCGAAGACAGCUCAGGUUAGUAUUUCCUGUUGCGUAAUGUUCUCCUACCAUCGGUGUUUGUUACUGACAUUUUUGCCUCUAUAGGGUGUCCAGAAUCUCUACGACCGUAUGUUAACCCACUCGUGGCGUGUAGCGCGGUAACUUGCUCUUAUACGAUAAGGUCGCUAAUCGGUUAACAGGCAUGGACCGCAUGAAUCAACUUGGACCUCAAUUCAUCGAUAUUACCUGGAAUGCCGGUGGUCGUCUUUCUAAUUUGACUUGUGAAAUGGUCAAUGUCGCACAAUCGGUUUACGGAAUCGAGACAUGCAUGCAUCUUACCUGCACAGGAAUGCCCAAGUCCAAGGUUGACAAUGCCCUGAAGGAUGCUUAUAAGGCUGGGUGCACAAACAUUCUCGCCCUUCGCGGAGAUCCUCCUAGAGAAAACGAGAAAUGGGAGGCUGACCCUCACGGAUUCCGCUACGCUAAGGAUCUCGUAAAGUACAUUAAAGCAAAUUAUGGGAACCACUUUGACAUUCAUGUUGCCGGGUACCCGGAGGGGUGCGACGAUGGCACCGACCCGGAAUUGCUUCUUGAGCACUUGAAGGAGAAGGUGGAUGCUGGUGCUUCUAGCAUUAUCACUCAAAUGUUCUACGACGCCGACAUCUUUUUGGACUGGGUCAAAAAGUGCAGAGAUGUUGGUAUCACUGUACCUAUUAUUCCCGGUAUCAUGCCCAUCCACACGUAUGCCGCGUUCAUGAGGAGAGCUACUUGGACAAAGUGCCACAUCCCCGAGAAGUGGCUACGCUUGUUAGAGCCUGUUAAGAACGAUGACGUCGCUGUGAGGGAUAUUGGGCGGGAUUUGAUGGUUGAGCUCUGCCAGAAGAUCAUUGACGCGGGGAUACUGCACCUUCACUUGUGAGUUUACCCUGACGUAGUCGAUGAAUUUGCACUUACGGAAACCAAUCAUAGUUAUACCAUGAAUCUUGCAACCGCUACUCGCAUGUGUCUUGAAGGGCUUGGAAUCGUUCCCUCACUUGAACAGCGUACUAAGGCUCUUCCCUUCCGUCCAUCUCUUGGUCUUAACCGGAAGGAAGAGAACGUUCGUCCUAUUUUCUGGAAGAACCGCCACAUGUCCUAUGUUCAGCGCACUCAGGAAUGGGACGAGUUUCCAAAUGGCCGCUGGGGUGACUCGCGGUCGCCAGCUUUCGGAGAGCUUGACGCGUACGGUAUUGGUCUACGGGGCAGCAAUGAAGCAAAUAUCAAGAUCUAUGGGUAUCCAAAGACAAUCCGGGACAUUAGCGAGCUCAUCAAGCAAUACCUCACCGGAAACCUACCGUCAUUGCCUUGGUCUGAGGGAUACAUCAACUCAGAGGCCGAUACCAUUAGGGAUGAACUUUUGAAGCUGAACGAACGUGGUUUUCUGACUAUCAACUCUCAACCUGCUGUUAACGGUGUGAAAUCUACUCACCCUGUCUAUGGCUGGGGCCCCCCAAAUGGAUAUGUGUAUCAGAAGUCCUAUCUCGAACUUCUAGUAUCCCCCGAGCAGCUUGCCGAGCUCAUCACUCGUAUCGAGAGAGAUCCCGACUUGUCAUACCACGCUGUUGAUAAGAAUGGGACCCUCAAGACGAAUUCCAGCGAGGGUCCCAAUGCCGUAACUUGGGGUGUAUACUCCGGCAAGGAGAUUAUCCAACCGACCAUUGUCGAGACGAUCAGUUUUCUGGCUUGGAAAGAUGAAGCCUUCAGACUUGGUGACGAUUGGGCCAAGUGUUACGAGGCAGACAGUGUAAGCAGGCACUUGAUCCAGGAGGUCAUGGAUACUUGGUUCUUGGUGAACAUUGGUAAGUUUCACAUGUAUUCUCCUGCGAGCCCCAAGCUAACAUGAGUAAAGUCGACAAUGAUUUCCACCAGAGCCAGAAGAUUUACAGGCUCUUUGACGGCAUGGAGGUUCCCAAGAUGGAUGAGAGCCUCGCUAAUGGCCUGACCUCAGCCUAGUAUCCUUCCCCCAAUCCCCCCUUUCAACUUUCCAUAUCCCCCCUUUAAGCAAAAAAAAAAAAUGCUGGAGUCCUAGAAGCAGUUAGCGGAUCUAAAGUUUAAAUUUUUAGCUAAAAUUCUCCUUUCUCUUUCUUUCCCUUUUCCAUUUCUUUGUUUCACACGUUUGAGGGGGACAUGUACUAUGGAGGACAAACUUCAACAUGUUUGGCCGGUGCAUCAAAAUGGAUUUCGGAGGCGUUUUGUGUGAUUUCCAAGCGGGUUGGGCGCCGAUGAAUGAUUGUUUCAACACGUUUGUAGGGUUAAGUUUGCUUCUGUAGUCUGCUAGGUUUCGCUUGCCUAUUUGUAUGUCGGCCUGUAAUAAGGUAACGUUACCGGGAGCUUAUAUCGAGGCGUAUCUCUACGCGGUUUUGCGCUUAG